UGCUCCUCGCACGGCGUGGGUAGGCGACCUUCGAGCAGCGCAAACAAUGCACGCCCAAGUUUCCUUCGGAGGGGCUCGCGCGCGGCUCCUUCCUUCCGUGGUCCCACCAUGAGCCCCUUUCCGGUUGGCACCAUGACGGCGAAGAAGCUUCCCAAGGACGGCAGGAAGGACAAGGAGAAGAACCCGAUGCGCGAGGUUCGGAUCCGCAAACUCUGCCUCAACAUCUGUGUCGGGGAGUCGGGCGACAGACUGACGCGGGCGGCCAAGGUGCUGGAACAGCUGACGGGGCAGCAGCCAGUGUUCUCCAAGGCCCGCUACACGGUCCGGUCAUUUGGCAUCCGCAGGAACGAGAAGAUUGCCGUCCACUGCACUGUCCGUGGCCCCAAGGCUGAGGAGAUCCUCGAGAAAGGGCUCAAGGUGCGGGAGUACGAGCUCCGCAAGGACAACUUCUCGGACACGGGCAACUUUGGCUUCGGCAUCCAGGAGCACAUUGACCUGGGCAUCAAGUACGACCCGACCAUUGGGAUCUACGGCCUGGACUUCUACGUGGUGCUGGGCCGGCCGGGCUUCAACGUGGCCCACAGGCGCCACAAGAAGGGCACCAUUGGCUGCAAGCACCGGCUUUGCAAGGAGGAGGCCAUCAAGUGGUUCCAGCAGAAGUACGACGGCAUCAUCCUCCCGGGCAAAAGCAAGUGAGCCAACACGCACCAUUAGGACACUGUCGAGGAGAAGCCGAUUAAACCAACGUCACCCACA